AAAUUUGAAGUGAAUCCGACAAAUUCUUUUCGAGUUAUUUAACAAUGACCAAAGGACGCUCGGGUGCUACGUGGCAUUCGAGAGCAGGUAGCUAGAAACAGCUGCAAGCAACCGACUUUUCGGGUUUCAUUGUCAUGAAUAUCUCCCCAUUUUAAUGUAUUUAUAAUUAUAUAUAUAUAUAUAUAUAUAUAUAUAUAUAUAUAUCCUUCUACAUAUAUUCACAAUUUGUAGGUAGUACAAGAACUGAAAAAUAAUUUUUGGUUGCCAGUAUACCUGUAGUCGUUGCACUGAUCAGUCGAUAGUUUUGUGAUAAAUUAUUUCUCAAGUGAAUUAAAUUAUUAACCAUGGGACGUGAUUCUAGAAAGGUUUCAAGAGAACUUCGGAGUUCUGAAAAAAUUAAUAAGUCGCGUUCAGUCAAAAGAAAGAAUGUUUUUAAUCCGAAAACAGCCGAACGUGAUGAAAGUAUUCAGAGUACAUCUUCUAAAAAAUUAAAACAAAACACUGAAGAUGAUGUACCUGAAGACAGCAGUACUGAAUUUCGAAUAAUAAAUUUUAUUCAGGUAUUCACUGCAAUUUCUGCUCUUAUAAAAUGUAAAAAAUGUGAUGGAAAUGUAGUGUUUCAAACAGCAAGUACACGUGGGCUGGGAUUCAAAAUUGUAGUUGCAUGUAAUAACUGUGGAAAUGAAUAUAUUCCUUCCUGUUCUUUCGUUGGGCAUUCUUAUGAAAUAAACAGACGUUUCAUUUUUGUAAUGAGAAUACUAGGAAUAGGAUACGAAGGAUUGUGCAAGUUUUGCGGCCUGAUGGACAUGCCGUCUUUUUUAGAUAAAUCUACGCAUACAAUUUUACUGAAACAGAUUUUGAAUUGUAGUAAAGCCGUCGCAGAAACCUUCAUGACGAAAGCUGUGAAUGAAGAAAAGCAAGCAAUGCCAACAACUGAAAAUGAAGAUAUAAAUCAUCUAACUGUAUCGGGAGAUGGAACCUGGCAAAAACGGGGAUAUACAUCGUCAUUUGGAGUUUCUUCUAUAAUUGGCUAUUUUACUGGAAAGAUUCUUGACAUAAACAUUAAAAGUGCAUAUUGUAAGCUAUGUGAGUAUUGGAAAAAAAAAACAAAUACUGUUGAGUUCGAGGAAUGGUAUCAAUCGCAUGAAGAUGUGUGUUCUGCUAAUCAUCAAGGGUCUUCUGGGAAAAUGGAGGUGGAUGCGAUGGUCGAAAUGUUUUCGUAUUCUGAAACUAAAUAUGGAGUUAAGUAUGCCAACUAUAUUGGUGAUGGUGACUCCAAGACCUAUUCAGGAAUUAUAAAAUCAGAUCCUUACGAAAAUACAACUGUAAAUAAAAAGGAAUGUAUAGGGCAUGUCCAAAAGCGGAUGGGGAGUCGAUUACGUACGCUGAAGAGUAAACAAAAAGGUCUUGGUGGUCGAGGUAAGCUCACAGGAAAAUUAAUAGACAAACUAACUGUGUACUAUGGUUUAGCAAUACGCCGGCAUUGUGAUUCUAUUGAAAAUAUGAAAUCUGCUAUAAUGGCAACCUUUUAUCACUACGGCUCGAGUGAUGAAAAACCGAAUCAUGAUAUGUGUCCAAAAGGCGAAGAAUCUUGGUGCUCUUACCAGCGCGCUGAAGCAAGAGGAGAGCUUGAUACCUUUUCUCACGAUUAUUCUCCUUUACCUUCUGAUGUUUUAAAAGCUAUCAAGCCUAUAUACGAAGAUCUUAGUAAUGAAAAUUUACUUUCAAGAUGUGUAGGUGGAUUCAAUCAGAAUAAUAAUGAAAGCUUUAACCAACUAGUAUGGAAAAUAUGCCCAAAAACGGUAAAUACUAGUUUUACUAUCGUACAAAUAGCUGCAUACGUUGCUAUGUGUAUAUUUAAUGAGGGUAUAAAUUCAUUAUUAGUCUUGAUGAAUACACUAGGACUUAAUUGUGGGCCUAAUUCUCAUCGGUAUGCAGAAAGAAUGGAUGCUGCACGUAUCAAAGUAGCAGAUAAGCGCGCUAAUGAUAACACCCGAGAAGGUCGAUUGCAACGUAGGCACCAGCAAAUCGAUAUUUUGGAAGCUGCUAUGUCGGCUGAAGAGCUAUUAUAUGGUCCAGGAAUAGAUGACUCAGUAUGAAUCUCCAAGGACUUAUGAUGAUCACCGCAAAGGACUUCGGGAGGAACGGGCUCUACAAAAACAGCGAUAACUUUUUGAAUUAUUAAUUUUUUUUUUUGAAAUUUUCGUGAAGUCAAAUCGAAACGUGUUCUAAUAAAGCUAUGUUUUUAUUUUUGUCAAAUAAAGUAAUUAACUACAAAAAAAAAAUUAUUGAAAAUCAUCAUUUUUUCAUACCCCUGAG